AUGGGACUCAGUGUUGCGGAAAUCAAAAAGCUGAUGGCUGACCUGGAAAAGGCCAGCGGCGAGGCGGUAUACGACAUUCUGCAGGUGUUGCACAAGGAGGUGGAGCCUACGGAGAAGCUGCUGCGAGAGACCAAGCUGGGUAUUGCCGUCAACAAGCUGCGAACCUCCAGCGACAGCCGGAUCUCGGACCUGGUCAAGAAGAUGAUCAAGUCGUGGAAGGACACGGUGACGGCCCAGAAGAGAGACGCGUCCAAGAAGGUAGAGGGCAAGAAGGAGACCAAGGAGGAGAGCCGACCGGUCAAGUCCAGCUCUGCGUCUUCUGGUAACGCCACUUCGUAUACGCCUCCUUCGGGCCAACGAACCCCGGCCAAGGACGGUGUGUCUACAGAAAUCUACUCGGACAAGGUGCGAAACCGGUGCAUCGAUGUAACCUACACUGCGCUGGCUGUCGGCAUGACUGCGCACCCCAAUGAGGUGCUCGCCUGCGCCAAGGCCAUUGAGAAUGAGGUGUACAAGAUGGAGAAUGGCACCGGCGGCAACUACCGCCCCAAGAUGCGAUCUCUGUACAUCAACCUCAAGGACCCAAAGAACCCCGGUCUGCGAGGCAACGUCAUUUCGGGCAAGAUUUCGGCCGAACGACUGUGCCGAAUGUCGCCCCAGGAAAUGGCGUCCGACGAGCUCAAGAAGGAGAUUGAGGAGAUGGAGAAGCAGAACCUGUUUGCUGCUCGAGGAGCCACGGAACAGAGAGCCGUGACGGACCGAUUCACAUGCGGCAAGUGCAAGCAGAAGAAGGUCAGUUACUACCAGAUGCAGACGAGAUCUGCAGAUGAGCCGUUGACCACGUUUUGCACGUGCGAGAACUGUGGUACGAGGUGGAAAUUCUCCUAA